GGUGCACUGUUUGAGUCUCCUCAUGUGGAUGAAAACGACGUUCAAACAAUCUCACAUAAAUGUGAAGUUUUACCACUGGAUGGUUAUACUGGCCGUCUUGGAACUGAACCAGAACGAUAUUCAUCAAUUUAUGACAACAAUGACAUAUAUUAUCUGGCAGGUUAUUAUGAUCCUACCACUAGCCAGCUUAGCAUGAAACCUGGAGUAGUAUAACUAAAAACCAUUGUGGCCAAAGCAAGGUACAGCAAACAGAUUGAUAUUUACUGUACUCUGAAAACUUACAAGAUGUUUUACUGAGACAUGUGUGGAUAAACAAAAAUACAUGAAGAGAAGAAUAACAAAGACUGUUGACCAAAUGGAAUGUAUUGAUUUCCACAUUUCAGUGCAAUAAUUGGAUUGUUCAAAGUACUCUAAAUGUGAAUAUACUGAAACUGACUUUGAGUUUUUUCUUAUUUAAAGUAGUCUGCAUUAUGAAAUAUUGACUAGACUUUGAAACUGUAUAUAAUUAUUUCAGUCUAUACUGAGAUUACCUUGUCUAGUAGUGUGUGUAAACAUUUCACACUACAACAUGGUGUCUGUUUAAAAUUGAGUAAAGUUCUGAGUGCACUGCACAGUGUAAAUUUGACUUUUUUGCAUUUGUAUUCAUGCAUAGUUAUUUUUGCCCAUAUGUUUAUUUUUAUAUCAAUAUAUAUAUAAAUAAAAGAUAGGUGUCAGUUUCAGAAUAUGUACUUUUUUUAGUCGCUGCUAUUACAGGAACUAGAAAAUCUGUCACAUUUUCAUCAUGUGUAAACAAUAAAUGUGUGAAGUUUUGAAUUUGGUAUGCAAUGAAGAGUAGUCUAUGUACCUGCAAGUUAUUGAUAUGUCACAUUUCAAAUUGCUGUGACUGUACAAAAAUUAGAAGAGGAACAUGGGAGGAAUGGUUUUGAUGGUUCAUAAUAGUAAAUAAAAAUUGUCAAAUUGUAUAUAGUUAAAAUGACCCUGUCAGAUUCUGAAUUAUUCAUGUUAUGGCCAAUAUAGACCUUUAGUAUUCUUCCUUGUGCAGACAUUUGGAAAACAUUUUAAUUAUUCUCAUAAAAAGAUCUAAGUUCAAUAGCAUUUGAUCCAUUCUUGUUUCUGUAUCUUUGGGUUCUGAUGUGUUUUUAAACAUUUACUCAUGUCAUUAUUUUAUAAUAAAAUUGUUAGCUUAAUUGUGAGAUUCAUUUAUUAUUCUAAAGAAUACAAUACACAAUCCAAAGUUAUUCUGUGAUUUUCUCUUAAAAAUUGUUUCAAAAUAAUUAUGUUUGGAAAAUUUGUUAAUUGAAUUUUCAUAUUUUUUGCCAGAAAUAUUAUAUUAAAAAUAUAUUAUACUGCACAAAAUUUUUUAAAGGAAAAUGCUUUUGAACUGAGAAACAUUUGCUAGAUAACAGUUGAUGGUAAUUUCAUCAGUUGUGUAGAAACUUGUGUCCUUAACAUUUCACAAAAUAAUUUAUAUUUUUUUUUCCAAGUCUGUACAUUCAUUUGUUCUUUUAUCAUAAUUAUCAACUUGACUGAAUACUGACCUAUCUAGACAGGAAUUAGUCCCAUAAACUUAUAUUUUCCCUUGUCUACUGAUCAUGAGCACAGGGUUUUCUAGAAGUUAAUUACCUUGAUAAAUAAUAAACUUCUGAGACCAAAGCCAUGAUUAAUUGAAAAUUAAAUCUGCUAAAUUGUUUAAGGUAUAAUUUGAUAUUUUGUUUCAUUUAUUUUAGUUUAUUGGUAUUAAUGUUUUGUACAUAACGUAGAUAUUUUAAGUUCUAAAUUUAAUUCUAUACCCUUAGAAGAAAUCAUUCCAAUUGAUUUUCUUUUCUUUUCUUUUCCGUGUUUAAAUUUUCUUUCAUAUGCAGUAAAGUCAUUUAAGG